AUGUCGAAGAAAGCAUUAGUCAAGCAGUUGCAAAAGGAACUAGCCAGACUGGAGAACGAGUUACGAAAUUUAACCUCACUUGCCGCCUCGGGUGAUUCUGCAUCAGCACUAAAAGAGAAAGAAAUGCUCAUUGAAAAGAUGGAAAAAGAGAUAAGAGAAUUAACUCAACAACGUGACCUGGCUCGGUCUCGCGCUGAGGAUCUGAUACAUACAGGGGAAGCAUAUCAAAUUCCAAGAUCAUGGGAUGAUAACUAUGAGAAACGUUCUUGGGCAGAUGAAUAUUCAGCAUCUGAAGCAUCGGAGAUAAUUGAUACUACCCGUUCUGAUGUUGCACAUCUCAUUUAUCUGACAAACGCAAAGGCAUUAACUCCAACAAGCGUGAAGAACCAUUCUUUGAGAAUGCUGAAAUGCAAUUUUUGUCGGAUGACACCUCCCCGAGAUUAUAUAUUGAUAAAUAUUUUGGUCCUGAUCCAUGUAAAGGUUGGGAGAAGAUUGCUCAAGAAACUGAUGAGAAUUUCGAAGAUAACUGCAAGGAAGUCCAAUGUAUUGAACUGCCUUCCACUCCUAAUGGAGAUCACGAUUCAGGACAAUCUCCUUGUUCAUCCGAUGAAAGAAAUAUCUGAUCUCGGAUGUGCAAUACCAAGGAGCAAAAGCUGUACACAACUUCCACUGCCAAUGCAAAAAUCACAGAGUUCCGAGUUUACAGAAGAAAAUGAAAGCACUUCACCAGAUGAAUUUGAGAAGGAAUCUCCAAAAAGACAGGAUGAUAAUCACGGAAAGCUUUCUAAAAUAGAGCCGACUGCCAUGAUGAAGAUCUAUGCAGAAAAGACUUGGCGGAGCCAGCCGUUUGAAGAUCUUGAGGCUGAAAAAACUCUGAAGGAACCAGAAAAAACUAAAGAUGAUGGCUCUAAAAAAGAUUAG